CUGGUUAAAUAAAGGUGAAAUAAAAAAAAAUAAAAAAAUGUAAAGUAGCAUACCUACCAAACAUCUUACGUCAGAAAUUAUAGACAUUUUCUUAAGGAUUGUAGAUGAGUAGACUAGUGAAUAUUUCUGUCUUGUUUCUUUUGGACCAAGUUAAUGUGAGCAUUGUUACAAAAAUAUACAGAUAGCAUGCACCUUAAAAUAUCCUCUCACCUAUGGUACUUGAUAUCAGUUGGACUAUGUUAUUUUCUUUUCAGGUUCCCCAUGCCAUAUACACCUUCAAUGUAUUUGUCUGUGUGGACUAACUCUUUGUUGUGGAAUGCCAUGAUCCAUCCACUUCUCAACAUGACCAUCAAAGGGGCUAUCUGGUACCAAGGUGAGGCCAACACAGACUACAAUCAGAAGAAAUACUCCUGUUCCUUUCCCUCCAUGAUUGAUGACUGGAGGAUGGCUUUCCACCAGAGCUCAGGGGGACAGACUGCACCAGAUUUCCCCUUUGGAUUUGUACAGGUCUCUACGUAUAGAAAGGCCUCCUUAAGUGAGGGAUUUCCAAACAUACGCUGGCACCAGACUGCAGACUAUGGCUUUGCUCCCAACCUGCGUAUGAAGAACACAUUCAUGGCUGUUGCUAUGGACUUAGGAGAUGAAAUGUCUCCUUUUGGCAGUAUCCAUCCGGAUAAGCAGGACGUGGCCUAUAGACUGUCUCUAGGGGCGAGAGCUGUGGCUUAUGGGGAGGAGGGUGUCUCAUUCCAGGGGCCUUUCCCUAGCCGGGUCCUGGUCAACGACCAGUAUAUCAACGUAACCUAUGACCAGAGAGUGUCUGUCACUCAAUCCAAAGAUAUCUUUCAGAUUUGCUGCUCAGUGGUGAAGGUACCCUGUGACACUCUGUCACUGUGGGUCCCAGCUCCCAUAAUGCAGUGGGGCCUUAGCGCCAUCCAAGUGUCCUCGAAUUACUGUUCCCUGAACCAUGUAGCCGGCCUGCGCUACGCAUGGAGGGACUGGCCUUGUGACUUUAAGGCAUGUCCUGUUUACAGUGCUGACGGGGUUCUACCUGCACCUCCCUUCACUCUCAACCGCUGGCCAGACAAGCGGUGAGACGAGAACCCCCCUCUGCUAGGAAUGGAUUAUUCCACCCAAUAAUGGUGUGGUGGUUGCACUUGUGUCAAGACUGGAAAUUAAAUGCUUACAUUUCCUCCUGAGUCAUCAGUGUGAAACUGAUUGCAGUCGAUCUUUGAAUUGUCUUGAACAUAAUUUAUCUACAAAAAACAAUCACAUCUUUGGCUUGUUUACAAUUGCACUGAAGCUGAAUCAUUCUAUAAUUUUUCAUAUUGUAUUCUAUGUUUAUUUACGCAGUGGGAAAUGUGUUUUGAAUGGUACAGUAUGAACAAUCACUGUUGCCUUAUUUCAUUUUACUAUCAUUGAUCAUCAAAUAAAUAAACAAGUUAGUGGGUUUUUAUUGAAA